UGCUGUCCAACAAUGCUCAACAGUUUCUCAAGGGGGAGGUUCUGUCGCGAGGAGGGCUUCCUGCCUCCAGGGGAUCCUGGCUGGGUGGGGGGCACGGCCUGCCUUCUGGAUCUCACCAAGCCUUCUCUAGAGUGGUGUGCCUGCUGGGCAAGGCGGCUGGAAAGCGACGUGGAAGUGACGCGGCUCUGAUGGCGGAACUGUAUGUCAAGCCGGGGAACCGGGAUCGCGGUUGGAACGACCCGCCUCAGUUUUCCUAUGGGUUGCAGCAGCUUCAGGCUCCUCGGGGCGGCGGGUCUAAGCGGGGGCCUCUCACCCGACGAGCAGCCCUGCCGACGCCGCUUGAAGCAGCAGCAGCCGAAGGAGAGGGAGGAACAGGAACAGGAACAACAACAACGCCAACGCCGCCACCAGCGGCACCUCCUCAAGGCCCAGCACCUGUUCCAGAAAGCACUACCACCGUGACUGGCUUGCCAGCCUUUCCUCUGAAACCAGGGAGCCUGCCUCCUCCUAGUCUGCCAGGCCCUAACCUGAGAGCCAGUGUAGCAAAACCACUUAUAUCUGAGAGUGAAGAGGACUGUGAGGUGGAAGACAUUCUCUCCCCCUUGCAAGAGGCUCUGGAUAACUGCAGAUCAUCUGUGCGGAAACAGAUUUGUGAUGACAUCAGCAAGCGCUUAGCAAUUCUGCAGCAGAUGUGGACAGAAGGAAAACUCUCUACUCCUGUGAGAAGGGGAAUGAGGAUUUUAACACAAGAGCUCAAGAAUCAACACUGGGAUAUAGCAGAUGACAUCCAUCGCUCACUAAUAGUUGAUCAUGUCACUGAAGUAAGCCAGUGGAUGGUGGGAGUCAAAAGGCUCAUUGCAGAAACAAGGAACUUACCCACAGAAGACUGUCAGCCCAAAGUUGAAACUUGUUCAGAUCCAGGACAGCUGCAAAAGUAGAUGGAUGAAGACAGCAGUAUAAUGCUGGGCUGACUCUAGGAGAGAACCUGACAAGUGUUUUUAUUUUCUUACAAGCAGAGGAGCUGCUUUAUCUCCCUAGGAACCAUGUAUUUAGCUUCUGCUGUUCUAAUAAAAGAUUGGUCAAAGAGAGGUUCUCAGAUAAGCAGCACUCUUGAGCAGCUUUCAGAAUUUCAACUCACUGCUUUAAGAGUUACCAAUCCUCUUCUGUACUUUUUAGAAAAAUUGAAGCAAGCAAGCAUGGUGAGACAACUGAAAAAGAGCCGUUUCAAUUGUGCCAUGAUAAACUAAUCCUUUGGAUCCAUAUAGACAUAGGUGGUGUGUUAAGAGUUUGCACUCAUAGCCAUGGCAAGGGCAUGAGCCAGUUCUCUCCCCCCCCCGCCCCCAUUAAGCUUUCAGGAAGUAUGUGUGAGGUUUGUGGUCCACUUCUGUGCAACAUUCACACUACUGUUGUAUACUUUUGGGGCAGUAUACAGAAAAGGUUGUCUUGCAUUCUUUGGUUCUUGAACCUAUGUACUCGGCACCAGAGUCUUCUGAAGGGAUGGUGGAGUAAAAGUUAAAAAUAAAGUUAAAUCAGCUUUUGCUGCAGUGCUUUCAUGAUCGAAAAGUCUGCUGUGUGUGGGGCAGGUUAUUUAACACCAUUAUGCUAGAAUGUAGCUUUUAAUUGUGCUGCAAUUUGUUUUGCUUCUCUCCCUUCAUUCUGGCAGUUACUUUUUCUAUGCUCUUCCUCACUGCAAGUACAGUACAACAGUGACAUCUUUUUCUGUGCACUGCUUUUUCCAGUCUUUUUAAUAUUCUUAUUUUGUUAUAUCUGGUAGGUUCUUUAGCUUUUUAUAAUUUUCAGUUUUAAUUUAACCUAAUAAUUUUUUUUAAUCUGACUUUCUUUUUUUAAAUUUAAUUUUAUUACUUGUACCUGUGUCUACCUUAUUGUUGUAAGCCGCCCCGAUCAGUAUUGCACUGGAGGGGCAGGGUAUAAAUAUUUUAAAUAAAUAAAUAAGAUACUA